AUGGGUAAAUUGAUAAAGAAAUUUUGGGAAAUUGAUACGGUAGGGGCUGGUGUUAAUGAAGGUCAAGGUGAAUAUUCAUUGAAGGACAGACAAAUAUUGGACAAGACAAAAGAAUCGGUUCAGUACAAAGAUGGUCGGUAUGAAUUUUCCAUUCCAUGGAAAGACAGUCAAGAAAAUGCGCGUCUACCAGACAAUUAUGAAAUGGCAUUCAAACGUCUUCAGAACACUGAAAAGAAAUUGAAGAAUAAUCCUGAAGUUGCCGAACUAUAUAGAAAAUGUAUUGAAAACUACCAGAAAAAGGAUAUAUUGAAAAGUGUACAGAAAAGGACAAUGGUGAUAGGUGGUUAUUACCGCAUUUUCCGGUUAUCAAUAUGUCGAAAGAAACAACCAAAGUAA